AUGGCAAAUAUAUCAGAUGAAGAAUUAAAAAAGAUUUUAUCAGAUAAUGCACAUAAAUUUAUGUUUGCAGAGAAUGGAGUUAGAGAUUUUUUACCAAAUAUUAAAAAUAUUGCACCUUAUAAUGAAAUGCAAUAUAACCUUAUGGAUAAUUGUAUAGUUCAUGGUGUUAGAGGUAUGGUUAUGGGUGGUGCAUUCGGUUUCUUAUUUGGUGCACUUUUCACACCAAAUUCAGGUUUCACUCCAGAACCAACUACUCCAACACCACUCUAUAGACAAGUUAUUGAUGGUUUUAAAGAACAAGGUAGAAGUGGUCUAAGAAGUGCUAAAAGUUUAUCAAUCAUUACUUUGGUUUAUACUGGUACUGAAUGUGCAAUUGAAAAAGCUAGAGGUAGAACUGAUAAAUUAAAUCCAAUUUAUGCCGGUUGUACAACUGGUGCUGUUUUUGCUGGUAGAGCUGGUCCUAUGGCUGCAGUAGGUGGUUGUGUUGGUUUUGCUGUAUUUGGUAUGAUUAUGGAUCAUUUUAUGGUUUUUUUUUUUUAG